AUGCGCCUGAUCAUGAGAGAACUCAAGGAUGUAGGAGAGGGCAGCGCUUCAAGCCGUUGCUCUCUUUGUUUAGGGGUAGUCAGGUGCGGUGCUGAGCCUUCUUUCUCUCAGAGAAGAGGACGAUUCGCAUCGACACCGCCCGCCCCACGACUUGAAGACUAG